AUGGAAGCACUGCCUUUUACAGUGGAAAGUGUCCACAAAGACUCUGAGUUAGUGGGCACAGGAAUCAUGAGCAUCCGAGAUUUGCACCUGGAACUGAAUAUGAUAGGAAAGGAGCGCAUUGCACGGGAUGCAAGAUCCACAAUUUCGGCCAAGCUAGCCCUGAACAAAGCCAAAAUAUCGGCAGAAGCAUACCAGAAACCAAGAGAUUUGGUCACGUAUGAAUUCGGAGAGGUGCGGAAUAAGUCCAGCAUGACCACUGUGCAUUUGAAAGCACCCGAAUAUCAUCCCAUCGGCCCAUUCGAUACUCUUCAGCUGGAGGUGUUCGUUAAGUCACCCCUGGCUACUGUCAAACGCACCUCCUCUGCGACGCCCAAGAUGUUCCAGUGGGUUAAGAAGACGAAGAAAACCCAAAGUCAUAUGGAACUGGACUUGCCAGGUGACUCUAUGUCCGUGGACAAGUUACUAGGCGAAGCAUCCCUGUCGGUCCUGUCUAUUCUGAACAACCUGGACACCACCCACGGCUUCAGCUCACAGUUCCGCAGUACCAACAACUGCCUGUUGCUCAAGCCAUACACGUACAAAGCACGCGUGACGGUGUAUGUGAAGGACGCCUUCAAGGAGGGGUGGCUGGAUGUGCAGAAGAACACUCCCACCCGCAUUCAGCAAUGGGAAUUGUGCUACGCAGUGCUGAGUGGGACCAACUUCUCGCUAUUCCGCGAACCGCCAAGUGAAGGAAAAGUAGCUGUUCCUAUGGAAACUCUUAACUUGCUGCAAAUCAAGGUCAGCUGA